GACGGCCACAUCGAGACUGUUUCGGCAACAUCUCACCCUGACCUUUGGUGGGCAAUGCAGGGCGCGGGCCACAAUUUUGGGAUUGUCACCGAGGUCACGUCGAAGAUCUACGAUAUUGAAGAUGACGGUGUGUGGUCGUAUGAGAGCUACAUCUUUACUCACGACAAGGUCGAGGCUAUAUUCGACCGCAUCAAUACACUAUUCACCAACAGCACUUGACGACGUCAUUAACUAUUCCGUCUUCCUCCGCAAUCCCGAAAUCGACACUGAAAAUGUGUGUUGGCUUCUGUCUUACAAAAUGAGAGAAUUCUUCUUCUUUUCUCAAUGCUGACAUUGAGAAUCCUAUGCAACAGCCUAUCAUCCUGGUAUCCCUUAUAAAGCCCGGAAAGUCUGUUCUUUCCCCAGACUACACGGCUCCCUUCCGAGAUCUUGGGCCUGCCAUUACUGCGGGGCAGACAGGGACCUACCUGGAUCUCCCCAAAUGGAACGGGCUAGACCUUGACGCCCUGCCCUGUCAGAAGAUGGGAUUCGCCAACGUUCGGUUCCCCGUCAAUAUUCAGUCAUAUGACCUCCCUGCACGGCGAGCUGUCUUCGACGCCUUUGCACGGACAACUUCGGAGAUGCCCCAAUUCGCCUAUUCGUUCAUCAUGUUCGAAGGGUACACGCUCCAGGGAGUCAAGGCUAUUCCGGAGGAUUCCACGGCGUUCCCACACCGUGCGGAUGCCAUCAUUGUUGCCCCCGUUCUGGUCUACCAGCCAGACUCCACCCUUGACGAGACAGCCAGUCGCUUUGGCGAGGAGCUCCGCGAGAUAAUCCAUCGUGCUGGCGGGAGCAUGGAGCUUCAUGCUUACGUCAAUUAUGCGAGCGGAACCGAAAGCCCUCAGAACAUGUAUGGAUACGAACCAUGGCGGUUGGCGAGGUUGAGGGCAUUGAAGAAAAAAUACGACCCGAAAAGACGGUUUCCCUUCUAUGCUCCGUUUUGACUUGGGGGUGUCUCUUGAGAAACGCCCAUGUUGGGGGUUUUUUAUCCCCCGGUCCGGAUCGAAAAUCUGGUGACUAGUUACAAACGACAAACACAUUACUAUUAUUAUUAUACCAAUGUCUUAGUCCGUCAUGCAGUCUCGUGGACCGUCUUCAAAACUUUGUCGGUCUAGACUCGCCUCGAGUCUACAGCUCACAAGAAACGAUUACUAUUGUCCGCUAUGGGGACGACUAUUUAAAGACCAUAUGAUCAAAAAAUGGGGAUUAU